AUGGCUUCGAAAUCCUGUGACCUGUUCCAGUUUAACAAAGUGUAUGACUUUUCAAAAACACGAUUAGUAGACCAUCAGCAACAUCAGAAGGUUAGUAAAUCUGUUAAAUCUACCUCUGUAUGUGCAGAUCACAACAGCACCAUAGCUAAUAAAAACAGUGCACAAAGUUCAUUUCGUGUUUCUGUGAUUGGCAAUGUACUCAUCUCAGCUGACGCACUUUCCGUUUUGGAUCUCGGCCCUAGUUUCGCGCCUGUGCAAUCAAUAAGUCCGGAGGUAUCACGCAAGGUUGUGGGCAGCCUCCAAUUGGUUCAUGAUAGGUUGCGACUGAGAGCAAAAGAAGAAGAGCGAAGGCAAGAGAACAGAAUAGCUGAGCAAGUAUCCUUACCCUCCAUACCUUUCCCGCGUAUGAUGUAUAAACCACCUGAACCCAACCCCACGGUAGACAACAAGUUUCGAGUGUUCGCAACAUCGGUGUAUUCCGUUUUGGAGCGUUUCUCGAGAAAACACGCAAAUUUCAAUCUCACUGUCGCGCAACGUCGAGGCCUACGUGAGAUUCGUAAUCUUAUUACAGCUGGAGAGAUCAAGGUUUCCGUUAGUGAUAAGGGAGGCGAAUUUGUUGUUCUAUCACGUGAACUAGACAAGGCGAUAACGAGACAACAUCUUGAGGAUGACAGUCUAUAUGUCCCAUCCUCCGCCAAUGAGUUUAGAAAGCAAUAUCGCCGCCUAAACAGGGUUUGGGUAGAAACGGCAGGAACAGCAGGGCUCCCAAAAAACUUUAUUACGCGUCUCAAGAACGACUUACCCGCAUGUCCAGUCCUAUACACGCUAAUCAAAACUCACAAGCUCUCUGAAAAUGGCCUCACUUCGAACGAUCCACGUGACUUUAAAGUGAGGCCUAUCAUUAGUGGUAUCGGGGGCCCCACGGAUAGAAUUUCCUGGCUGCUCAACAUAAUCCUAAAUCAGCUGCUCAGAUAUGUCCCUGCCCACCUCAGCAGUUCUAGCAACUUCCUAAAACAUCUCCGCAGUACCUCAUUUGAGCGUGAAUGUGUAGUAGAGACCUUUGACGUUACGUCACUCUAUACGAACGUUUCAAACGAUGUAGCGAUGCAGGCUGUUCACGAACUGCUCACGCAGCGCCAGGCUUCUUUGAACAUGUAUGGAUUCAGCAUCAGGCAGAUCAUGACAUUGAUAAACGAAUGCCUGAAUUGCUCUAUUUUCCGAUGGUCGGGACAGUACUACCGACAACUUAGAGGCCUAGCUAUGGGACAAAGGCUGGCACCCACUCUCGCCAUUGUUUUCAUGGCCAAGAUCGAAAAGCCUAUAAUAGACCGCAAACCACUGCUGUAUUAUCGUUACAUAGAUGAUUGCUGCGUCGUCUGCUCAACCCAAGCAGAACUAGACGCGUGCUUCAAUCUUCUCAAUCAGCAGUGUCCGCACAUCAAGUUCACAAGGGAGAGACCGAUAGACAACUGGUUGGCUUUCCUGAAUGUGCACAUUUACUUGCGGAAUGGGAUAUCGCAUCCCAGCAAAAUGAAAAAAUCUGUUAUAGGAAACAUGUACAGAACGGCGGCAAGAGUCUCAUCGAGUAGCCAGGAAAAAGCAUGGUCUAUAAAUGUGGCCCAUAAAGUAGCAAUGUCCAAUGGGUACCCAGCUGGAGAUGGUGCUACCCGACAAGCACGGUAUCCCUCUCGAAGACCCAACGUAGUGGAUGGCCCAGAGAAGAUCCCUUUCUGUUUACCUUAUAUAUCUGAUGAUAUGAGCAGAGCAGUACGGGGCUGUCUACGAAAAGCGGGUCUAAGGAAUGACGUGAGGGUUGUGGAAAUACCUCCAGCAAACCUCAAGGCGAAGCUGGUACGUAACCGUGUGUAUGAUCGACUCUGCACAACUCCCAGCUGCGUGGUUUGCCCGUAUGGCAGAGAGGGUGAUUGCAUGAUAUCGGGAGUGGUGUAUCGUAUCACGUGCAGGUUGUGCGGUGACGAUUAUAUAGGGGAAACGGGACGCCCAUUGUGUAUUAGGGUCAAGGAGCAUCUAGACGGACUCGCAAAAUCAAAAACCUUCACCCCACUUGGAGCACACCGUAGAAUAUGUCAUCCAAACUCCGAAGUAGAGGUAGAAGUUCGUAUAUUAUCCUACGAGUCCGAAAUCACAGCACGCAGAACGCUAGAGGCCUUUUGGAUAACCGCCAAAAGUCCAAAAAUGAACAAGAAGGAUGAGUGCAUUGCGAUCACAAACGAGUUAUCCCCGUAUCAAGACUUAUGCGGGUUCUGA